CGAAAAUAUUUACUCUUCCCUCCAUUCUCACCUCCCCAACAACUCAUCCCCUCUACCACCCCCUUCCUUCUCUUCUCACCCUUCCUUCCCCCCAUCUCUCCUGUUCGGGUUAUUGUGAGCUUUUGAACCCACAUCUCUGUGUAGCUCCUCGGUCGUUUGGUUUGUCGGAAGUCUCUAGCGACUUCUGCCCCUUUCGCUCCAACGACUCUUGCGGCUCCUUGCAUCCUCGCACCCAGAGCUAUAUACAGUCCUUGGUCAGGACCCUGUUUCUCAUACAAAUAGUCAUCGAUGGCCGCCAUAGAUUCUACUCAGCCGCCCAAGAAGAAGCCUGUGAGCUUCUCCAAUCUGCUCUUGGGCGGUGGAUUGAAUAUGUUUGAAGUCACCACAUUGGGCCAACCCUUGGAGGUUCUUAAGACGCAUAUGGCUGCCAAUAGAGGUGAUAACAUAGUUACUGCGUUCAAGAAGACGUGGGGUCGUGGAGGAGUUUUUGGAUUCUACCAAGGGUUAAUUCCAUGGGCAUGGAUUGAAGCGUCCACUAAGGGAGCCGUCCUUAUGUUUGUUGCUUCUGAAGCCGAGUAUCAUGCUCGCACCUUUGGAGCUGGUCCAUUCGCCGCUGGUAUUACUGGUGGUGUAAUCGGUGGUGUCGCUCAGGCAUACGCUACUAUGGGAUUCUGCACUUGCAUGAAGACUGUCGAGAUUACACGUCACAAGCAAGCUUCCACUGGAGUAAAACCUCAGGGUACUUGGUCUGUGUUUGCCGAUAUUUACCGAAAGGAAGGUAUUGCUGGGAUCAACAAGGGUGUCAACGCUGUCGCUAUCAGACAGAUGACCAAUUGGGGUAGCAGGUUUGGAUUGAGCAGACUCGCGGAGCAAGGUAUUCGCAAAGCGACCGGCAAGGGGGAGGGCGAUAGAUUGAGCGCGUGGGAGAAGAUUGGAGCCAGUGUUGUUGGCGGAGGUUUAAGUGCAUGGAACCAACCUAUCGAGGUUAUCCGGGUGGAAAUGCAAAGCAAGAAGGCGGAUCCCAAUCGUCCUAAGAAUCUGACUGUUGCCAAAGCGGCUAAGUAUAUCUACGAGAACAACGGCUUGAAGGGUCUGUACCGUGGUGUCACUCCUAGAAUCGGUCUCGGUGUCUGGCAAACAGUUUGCAUGGUCGGUUUGGGUGAUAUGGCCAAAGAAGCUGUUGCAAAGCUUACUGGCGAAACCCCAACCGGAAAGCACUAGAUGCGGCAUAGAGAUUCCUGCACGUUUGUCCUUGGUAGUUUAGGUAUUCUCAUUUUAUUCACAGCACAGCCUGGGAUCCUGAAGUGGCAAUGCGCCCUGAUUUCUUCUUGUUUUUCCUUACCGAAACUGCUUUUAAUUCUUGAACUGGAUUUCCGGCUUGAUUGAAUGAUGUUGGGAUAUUAGUGAGAAGGGGAGCUAUAAAUAUAAACGAUAGAUUGAUAAA